CCGGACCACCCCGGGACUGUACCUCGCUGUGGCAAUCCCGCUAUAUAGCAGGUCGACGAGGACAAACACGACAAAUCUCACACACGUGUCAAUGCCGGGCGUGUCUGUUCGCCGGCGAGAAGUAUAAGACUCGGUCUAGAGUGUUUUGAGACAAGUCGUUUCUACUUCCGUAUAUCCUUUGCUGCCUUCGCGCAAGAAAAUAAAAAUAGGUCUUACCAGGUUCAUGGAAUCACCAUGCCAAAGGUUGCUUUGGUAACAGGAUCCAGUGAUUUGGAAGGCAUUGGAUAUGCCACUGCCAAAGCGCUUUUACGUACCGGAUGUGACGUUAUUCUAACUGGAUCACGUGAGGCAGAGAAAGUCGUCCCGCUUCAAGAAGAGAUAUAUAGAGAAUUCAAGAUUCGACCAGACUACAUCCGUGCAGACUUACGAAAUAUAGAAGACAUUGAAAGACUUUGCAGCGAGUGUAAACGUCUUUAUCCCGAUGGCAUCGACAUACUUGUGAACAAUGCAGGUUUCAGUGAAGUGUUUCCUAUAGAGUCCUACCCAACUGACAAAUUUAAUGACAUCAUAGCUGUGGUACUCUCCGCUCCAUUCCAUUUAAUCCGUCUAAUCCUGCCAGACAUGAAGGGUAAAGAGUGGGGAAGGAUAAUAAACAUUUCAUCGGUGUCCGGAGAACGAGCCAUUUCUUAUAUGAGUGCUUACUGUGCAGCAAAACAUGGUCUCAAUGGACUUACCAAGGCAGUGGCCAAAGAAACAGCUGAGUUCGGAGUCACGUGCAAUUCGAUCAUGCCUGGAGUCGUGAAAACAGGACUUACAAUGAAAGGCAUGGCGUAUCUCGCAGAGAUUGAAGGAGUAUCAGCCGAGGAAAUGGGAAUCGGAGAUUUGGUCGUCUUUCUGUGCUCAUCGUCUGCAGCUCAGAUGACCGGUUGCUGUAUUCCAAUUGACGGAGGCAACAUGCUCAACACGUGCUCCAGUGGGAACAGUAGACUUUGA